UCAACAAGAAGAAAUUAUAUUGCUGAAAACAAAUGUGACCAAACACGGCUAAAGCUGAAAAUGUUUAUUUGCUCGUCUAAGACUAAAAUCCAAAUUCUUGGUAAAUAAGUGAUGGCAUGGCAGUAUUAAAAGCAAAUUAGUUGAGUUGGCAAUUAUAAACAAAACAAAAAAGGAGAGCAUCAUGACUGAAGAGACCAUAAUCCUUAUGCUAUUGGUGAUUGUAAUGUUAGUUGGAUCGUAUCUUGCAGGAAGCAUACCCUUAGUCAUGCAUUUAAGUGAGCAGGAAAAAUUAAAGUGUGUGACGGUAUUGGGAGCUGGUUUAUUAGUGGGCACGGCCUUAACGGUUAUAAUACCAGAGGGUAUACGCUCAUUAUAUAUGGACAGUAAGCGAGCAGUCGCACACAAUGAUGCUGAUACGACGAUUGUUACAGAGUCCCAUGUUCAACCAUUGGAUUAUUCGCGAACAAUUGGUUUGUCCCUUGUGCUGGGAUUUGUUUUCAUGAUGCUUGUUGAUCAAGUUUCGCAAGGACAAACAAAAAAGUCAAAUAAUGGCAAUGAGUACGAUAAGAAUAUUACAGCAACUCUUGGUCUAGUCGUGCAUGCUGCAGCUGAUGGAGUUGCGCUGGGUGCUGCAGCAACAACUAGCCACCAAGAUGUUGAAAUCAUUGUAUUUUUAGCAAUAAUGCUACAUAAGGCGCCUGCUGCGUUUGGCUUAGUUAGCUUUCUAUUGCAUGCCAAAGUUGAACGCCAACAAAUACGAAAGCAUCUAGGCAUCUUUUCAUUAUCGGCGCCGCUUCUAACACUGCUUACAUACUUUGGGAUCGGCCAGGAACAAAAAGAGACUCUAAAUUCGGUGAAUGCUACUGGAAUUGCAAUGUUAUUUUCAGCUGGCACUUUUUUAUACGUUGCCACCGUGCACGUGUUACCCGAAUUGACCCAUAGAGAGCAAAGUAGCCAUUCUCCAUCAAACCUUUACGAUUACCAUCUCCUAGAAGAGUCUCGAGAGGCAGCUGCUUCAAAUGAGAUGAAUGUCAAUAACGCAACACAGUCGCAGUCUCAUCAUCACAAUAAAGGUCUUCGCUUUGGUGAACUAAUUGUUAUGAUAUGUGGCGCCUUACUCCCGCUAAUUAUCACAUUUAGUCAUCAACAUUAGCGUACUAUUUGCUUCUAAUAGCUAUCAAUUAUAUAUGUCUAUUAUAUAAGAAUGUAAAUAUAGUACUAUUUUAUAAUAUUAACUAUUCCUUUAUCACACUGUAUUUUAAAUAAAAUGUAGCGUCCUUGCGCAAUACACACAUUGUAAGUAAAACACACAAUAAUUCAAUAAGACCUUAUUUUUUUGUAGUGAAAGAUAGAAUACAUAAAUGCGUAAAAUUAAAUUAGUUAUAAAA